UCCGCUGGAAACAAGCCCUCUUCCUUGACAGUCCCCGCACGUGACCUCGAACGGAAUGAUUCCGAGGUUACGUCAUCGCUGAGGCGAGGGACGGAAGGAGGGGGCGAAACAGAGCUGCCGCACCGCCACUCAAAGACUUCGCACCCUUUUUUUUCCGCGCUCCCAAUUGCCCGCCUGGUCAGGUGACCGCGUGUCACAUGACUGUGCUGGGAUCUGGAGCGACGCUGCAGCCGAGCUCUCGCGGAUUUCCUCCCAGAGAGGAGAUGCAGUCGGGUUCCCGUCGCUAGUCCUCCUGAGCGCGGCAGUUCCUUCGACCUGCCAGAAUGCGGCUUUGGUCUUUGGUCUGGCUGCUGGGAUGCAGAGCGGCUGCUUGGCAGAGCGACGAUUACUGGCUGGAUGAUGCCGUCGGGCUGGGGCGGCAAUUCGAUGGCAUCGGAGCCGUUAGCGGCGGCGGGGCUACUUCACGCCUUUUAGUGAAUUACCCAGAACCCUAUCGAUCUCAGAUUUUAGAUUAUCUUUUUAAGCCAAAUUUUGGUGCUUCGUUACAGCUCCUCAAAGUAGAGAUUGGUGGUGAUGCACAGUCUACAGAUGGCACUGAACCCUCCCACAUGCAUUAUGAAAAUGAUGAAAAUUAUUUGCGUGGCUAUGAAUGGUGGCUGAUGAAAGAAGCUAAAAAGAGAAAUCCUUUCAUUAAAUUGAUUGGCUUGCCCUGGGCUUUUCCAGGAUGGAUUGGCAGGGGUACGAGUUGGCCUUAUGAGUACCCAGAUGUCACUGCUUAUUAUAUUGUCUCCUGGAUUAUAGGUGCUAAAAAAUAUCAUGAUUUGGACAUUGAUUACAUUGGGAUUUGGAAUGAACGAUCUUUUAACAGCAAAUAUAUCAAGAUUUUAAGGUACUCUUUGGAUAAGCAAGACCUUCAGCGAGUGCAGAUCAUAGCCAGCGAUUGCCUCUGGGAACCAAUAUCCUUUUACAUGCUCAAUGAUUCUGAGCUCCAUGAAGCAGUCAAUAUUAUUGGGGCUCACUACCCAGGGACACAAACAGUGAAAAAUGCUCAAUUAACUCUAAAGAAACUCUGGUCUUCUGAAGACUACAGUACUUUCAACAAUGAAGUUGGCGCUGGUUGCUGGGCUCGAAUCCUGAAUCAAAAUUAUGUAAAUGGGAACAUGACUGCCACUAUUGCUUGGAAUUUAGUGGCUAGUUACUAUGAAGAAUUACCCUUUGGAAGGUGUGGUUUAAUGACAGCACAAGAACCAUGGAGUGGGCAUUACUCUGUGAAUUCUCCCAUAUGGGCCACAGCACAUACAACACAGUUUACACAACCAGGCUGGUAUUACCUGAAAGUAGAUGGGCAUCUGGAAAAAGGUGGAAGCUUUGUGGCUCUGACGGAUGGGCUAGGCAAUCUGACCAUCAUUAUUGAAACAAUGACAUAUAACCACUCAGAGUGCAUCAGGCCACCACUUCCUUCCUAUGUUGUGUUACCCCAAAAAGCAGUUUUUCACUUGAAAGGAUCCUUUAGCAAGUUGAAAUCUCUUCAGAUGUGGUAUUCCAAGCUUGAUUUUUCUACUUUCAACUCUACGUUAUUUCAGUCACUUGGGCCUAAAAAUAUCUCUGAAGGAAUAUUGAUGCUAAACUUGGGCUUGGAUGAGAUCUAUACUUUGACAACUCUAACAACUGGCCAUAAAAGUUCUUUCUCAGAACCUCCUCCAUCUCAACCUUUUCCAUCCACUUACAAAGAUGAUUUCAAUAUCCGCAACCCACCUUUCAGUGAAGCACCAUACUUUACUGAUCAAACAGGAGUGUUUGAAUAUUUUAUUAAUGCUUCUGAUCCAGGGGAACAUGUCUUUACACUCCGACAAGUGGUGACUCAGAGUCCUAUAACCUGGGUUAUUGAUGCAAAGAAUACAAUCAGCAUUAUAGGCAGCUAUAAGUGGGUAAAUUUCGUAAUAACCUGUGAUAUUUAUAUAGAAUCAAAUAAAGGAGGAGCAUUCAUUGCAGGAAGAAUUAGCAAAGGUGGCAUAUAUGUUACAUUAGCCAAAGGAAUUUUCUUUUGGGUUUUUCCUGAUGGCACAUAUCGAGUCACAGGAGAUCUUGCUGGUGAUGAAAUCUUGAUGAAAGGGUUAUCUGGUGUGCGAGCAAACAGAUGGUAUACACUCACUUUGAUUCUCAAGAGAUCCAAUAUCUCUGGCAUGUUGAAUGGCUAUCCUCUCUGGGAGAACGUCACCACACACAGUCCAGAGAAUGGCUGGGCAGCUAUUGGAACCCAUUCUUUUGAAUUGACACAAUUUGACAAUUUUCAUGUUGAGGCCAGCUGAUAUUUCCAUUAUACAUAGUCAAUUCUAAGUAUGCCUGGUCAAACCUUAAUUUAAUAGUAAAUUAUGCUACUGGAGAUUUUUGAUUGUUUCCUACUAAUAUUAAUAUAUAUUCAAUGUUCUUCUGGCUACAAAUCGUUCCUCUUCCUUCUUAAAAUCAGAUCUAUGUUAAUUUUUUUGUGCAAGCUAUAAAUGGAAAUGUGACCCAGUCUUAUCUCUUUAAUUAAUAGCAAUUAAGCAGUUACAAUUAGGUAGAAUUUCUGCUUUCACUAUUUCUGGUGUGAAGUCCAUUUUUAGGGGGGAGGUAAAAUUCACUUUGCAAUCAGAUGGAAUGCCUCAUAUCUAUUAUGAAGCAUGGAAUGAUGGAAUAAGGAUUUCAGUGGAUUUAUAUGUCUUCUACCAGGACAUGAGAUUUUAUUCCUAGUUUUCUAAUGUCUAAAUACACUUAUCUAAUUUUAAUGAAGAAAAAAAAAUAGCCAGCUUAUGAUUGGCUGGCUUAUUUGUGAAGUGCCUUCUUUUAAACUACCUCUCAUUGAUAACAGUACAGCAAAUAUAUUGAAAAUGCCUAUUAUUAAUCUUAGGUUGAUAAUCCAAUAACCCAGAUAACUUUGUAGUUUUCUUCUUUGUGCCCGACUAGAUACAUUGAAGGAGAAAAAAGUAUACAGAUGGUCCUUAGUGAAGUUCAAAAUUAUGAUGGACCUCCCCGGAGCUACGUACAACUUAUUUUCGCAGUUCUGGUGGCUGUACCACCCCUAAAAUAUAUCACUUAAUCACAGUUUGGGCACUUGACAACUGGCUUGGAUUUAUGGUUUUCAGCAUUUGUUGGUCAUGUAACCGUAAUUUUUGGUAUUUUUUUGCCGGUUUCUGGCUUUUACUUCUGGUUUCUGAAAGCAAAUUUGAUUAAUAACCGCGCCACAAAGAAGGCUAUAAAAUUGGGCACUGUCACAUGGUGAUCUGAGUAACAACUGCCAUGACUUACCACCAUAAUUCCAGGCUCAUGUAUGUUGUAAGUCGAGGACUACGUGUAGGUGAUGAAAAGUCAUGAGACCUUGUUUUACCUCAUGUCUGCAGGUCAGUAUACACUUGAAGGUUUUCUUGCACAAGGACGUUACGAGAAGUAAAAUUGUGAAAUUUAUAAUCCAAAGAGUUGCACAAACAUCAGUAUCUGUGGAUGAUGUACAUAUCAAGACCCUAGCUUUCAUGAAUAAAAAAGUAUGCAGAAAAACAAUAUUUCACAUAUUUUAGCUUACAAAUGCCAAUGUUCCUUUAUCCUUUUUGGUGAAAUUUAAUUUUGAAGGCUAAAAUAAUUUGCUUAUUUAUUGAACUUUUAUUAGUUAACUAGUUUCAGUUUAUUUUAUUACUUAGUAUUUUAAAGUGUACGGGGUAGGUGCCAAAUACAAAAUAGUGGAAAAUAAAACUAAUACAAAUUGACAGUUUAUAGGGCAGAGCAAAUAGCUCUCUAUGAGAAUGUUGUCCUGAAUAUAUCAUUGCAAAGGUAUACUGAAUUAUUAUAGUUGGGGAAAAAUCUUAAUACAGAAUUCUAAAACUGCUCAACAGAAGUAUAUAAAAUUCUUAUCAACGUCCAUCACUUUGUGUUCAUAUUUUGACAAAUGAAGCUGACAGAUGAAGAGUCUAUAUAAGACAAGCUAUGCUAGAAAGGCUUGUGGUUGUGGAUUUGCUUUCUUUGUUAUUGUCAGACUAUUGAUAAUCAGAAACUUUUGCAGUGAUGUUGCAAAUUAUGCAAAUUGUAGACUUGAAUCUUGCUUUAUGUUUUCUCACCUUUUAUCUGCCAUUGAAGAAACCCUAAUAUGUUCCUGUUUCACCUAGAGUUGUGGAUUGCUGGCUUUAUAGAAAGAAUAGGUAACUUCUUUAAAACUUUGCCUCUUUUUUUAAAAAAGUAGUUCAUUUCUGUGUCUCAUUUUAUUCUAGGCAACGUUAACCUAUGGUAUUCAAUAAAAACUAACUGGAUGUGCUCCUUUGAAAGUUGAUUCUGAUAGAAUUGUUUUUAUACUCUAGAUAGCGUUACAAAAUAUCUUUGUUAGAUGACAUACAGAAAUCUGUCUCUUCUAGUUCAAAGAGACUUCUGAGACAAGAUAUUACAGUUGAUAAUGCAUUGGUUUACAGAACAGAAUUAUGACUGUUUGUCUGUUCCAGACAUGAUUAAACCAUAAGCCCCCAUAUUUUUUCUAUCUUAUUCAGACCAAAACAAUUGUUUUCUAGUCAGCAUAUUGAAUUAAAUUUCAAACUUUAACAGUCUAGCUUGUUUGUAAGAUGUUGAUUAUCAGUUAGGCAAAGACAAAAAGGAAAAGUAUGUUUCCUUGUAUGAGUGAAAUGCUUGUUCAUAUCUCAGCUUAAGACAAAAGAUGAUAAGAUUGGCUAAUGGUAAAUAUACUUACAUGCAGUUAAUAAGCUAAUAAUAGUAUAGUGUUUGUCCUGUUUUGUGAAUUGGAUAUUGAUGGUUCAAAACUGUGUUCAAAACUGGAGAUUGAGAUAAUGUUUACUGUCUUUUCCCUUGUAGCAUGAGGAUAUAAAGGACAGAAUUCACAGGAUCUGUUUUUUUUUGUUUUUGUCAUUUUUUUCAAACAGACUGGAAAGUUACAGAUGAAGUAACUCAUAUCAUCAAAGUAGACAGAGUCAAAAUGUUUAGUUUUUUGAUUUUUCUGCAUGAUAAAACAAAGAGCAAAAUGGGUUUCUUAAUCUUUUGUCCCUUAGUGCUUCCCAGACAAAUAGAAUCAAUCUCAGGAUAAAUUUAAAAUUGAAACAAAUGCCUAAAAGUUAUUAGAUUAAUGUAAACUAUAAGGCUGCACAUUUAAGAUUACCAUUUUGCUUUCUGAGGAUUGCAGAAAGAUUACUAGGUACACAUGAUAUCCUUUGCAUAUAGUUAUCCCCCCCACAACCAGUUCAUUCUGGAAGUUAUGCAGUCCAACCAGUUAGUUGGAAAAGACUAAUUCAGGGAUAUGCAUGCCUACCUGCCUUUAUUACAAAAGCUGUAAUAUUUCUGUGCUACAUUAAUAGUUCUGGUUUUGCCUGCUUCACUAAGUGUAAAAUCAAGAAUUCUGUUUCUUGUUAAUUUAUGGAAGUACAGAUGUUUGUACUUCCAUAAAGUACAAAUUGGCUUGUUUAAGAAACUGCUUUGAUGUUUCAACAAUAGUUUGCUAUAUGUGGUUGAUUAUUGCAAUUCCUAAAGUUUCAAACAAAGAAUAAAUAUCAUUUAAAUCUUUGA